AUGUUGACUUCGUCUAAUACUUCCUAUUUGAGUGGUUUACAAAGUUUAUUUGUAAAAUUUAUUAAUACAAAAGAUACUGAAUUUGGUACAGACUAUUGGAAUUUAGUACAGAGGCUUUGCAAUGUUUCAACAGAUAUAAUACAAGAAAAAUAUUUAGAUGAUGUCUUAAACACUUUUAAACCCUUCAUUGAUGUUCAGAAUAACAAAGGCCAGGAUUGGAUAUCAAAUCGUGAUAUGAUAAUGAAUUUAUGUGUGAAUCUUCUCGUUAAAUCAACGUUAAGAAGUCUAGAAAAUAAUGAUUACAAUCACCAAACUCAGACUUUAGACUGGAUUAAGAGUGUGGGUCUAUGUAGUAAUGAAAAGUUAAUCCUGCCAAUAACAAAAUUAUUAGUCUGCUUCAUAAUGCAUCCACAGUGUUCUUUAGCACCAAAGGCUAUCGUUUAUUUAAGAGAUGUUUGCGAAUAUCAAGAUCUGACGCCAAGUCAAGUAUAUCACAGAUAUAAGAAGGAUUAUUGCAAGUUGUUUGUGGAGUGCAUCCUUUAUAAUGGAAAAGAUUUUGCUAUUUUCCUUCUAAAAGUCGUUAGAGCAUUCGGAUUUGUUGGAUACAGAGAUUUUAUAUCCAAAGAUAUCCAUCAUUUUCUGCCUUAUCUCAUACCAUACUCGGUGACUGUAAAGGAAGUUCCAUCUAUGAUAGAAGAGAUUGCUGUUCUGGUGCAAUGCUCGGUCUCAGAUUUCCUUAUUGAGAGGUUCCCUCACAUAUAUGUUCAUGUCUAUCUGACAGAAUCAAAGGAAACAUCAAAAAAAUGCUUUGAUAUCAUUGAGAGAUUGACUAAAACGUCCACUCUGAAUCUAAUAAAGAAACAUUUUAGGGUGAUUUUGACGGAGUUUCUUUUGCAAUACUGCUGUAAUAAAAGAAAAGUUUUGGAAGCUUGUAAAUACUUGGCCUAUCACGACCCAGACGUUUCUUCAUCUCAAGGCAAUAUUCUUAAGAGUUCAGCACAAGUAGCAGACUUUCUUAAUCCGAAAUUUUUAGGUGUCUUAGCUUACUUUGACCAUAAGCUCGUGAACGCCAAAGUGGCUCUAUCAGUUAAACGUAAAGCGUUAAAAAGUUUUUCUGACAUAAUACAAUUAAUGGGUAUUAGAUAUUUAACGCCGUUAAGGUUCAAAAUUUUGGCCACCUUGAGAUCAGCUUUGCCUUUAGCAAAGGAAUUUCCCAUUAUUCUUGCAGAGGCAUGGUCUGCCUUCAUCCACAAUAUUGACAGCAGUUCUUUGGGACCCCUAUUAUCUAAUCUUGCGGCUCCACUUUUGCAUCAGAUCGAAUACGCGCCAAAUGAAAUAAAUAGUACAUUCCAAUAUAUGAUUUUGAAAAAUGAAAAUCUCCUCAGUUCACAUAUAUCAAAUUUGUUUUUUUUGGAAGAUUCAAAUGUAUCGGAUAAUGUGAAAAUGGUGAUUAAGGGACACGUUAAAAGAUCACAGCCGGAGAGUUUUCAGGAUAAAAUAAAAUGGUACUUGCAGCAUUUGAAUCACGACAUACCUAUUAUUAAGGCAAACGUCUUCUGUCAUAUGGAGAAACUAUUGAAGAGUAAUAGGAGUGAAAUACAUAGAUCUAUAUUCGGUGGAAGAGCGAUUGAGGCGGUCAUUGUUGAACUCAUUGAUUCUUUACUGAUCGGUUGCAAGGACAUUAACCCUCAAGUGUCCCUGGCGAGUGGUUCCUGUUUAGGUCAACUGGGUGCCAUAGAAGCCGGUCAUCUCCCGCGCCAGUACGUCCAACCUGAUAGAUCUCCAUUCGCCUUCUUCAUUAACGACGAUUGCUUUGCCGCUACGGCUCUCACUGAACUGGCUAGAGCUUUUCAAUACGAAAAGGAUACUAUGAACAUGGACUGCUACGCUUUAACUAUACAGGAGAUAUUGAAAAUUUAUGGCAUAUCCCCAAAUGGCUCUAAGAAGGAAGUGUGGGAUAGUUUCUCAGAAAACAUGCAUCAGUUAAUGUCACCACUGCUGAGUUCUAGGUACACAUUGGCUUAUCCAUCGCAGCCAAAGAAAGUUCAUCCUUUAUUCGGAUCGAUGCACGCUACUACGUUUUUGGAAUGGGCACAUAAUUGGUCGGGACAGCUGAUUGACCUGAUAGAAUCCAACGAUAUAAAGGAUCUUCUCCGUACAGUUCAUCCCAGUAUGCGGCGUGACGUUCGAACACUAUUCCUCUUCCUUCCAUAUGUUCUGUUACACGCUAUAAUGUCCAAAACUAACAUACGGUACAUACAAGAGGAGAUAUUGGCCGUUAUAGGAGGUCAAAACUCUAAGAAUGACUGCAGUGUCUCUGCAGAGAGAUCGAAGUAUAAAAUAUUAAAACAUAUUAAAAUGACGCCAAACAUAAAUCCUGUCCAUACAGAAGAAGGGAAUCAAACGAAAUGCAGCAAAACUAUAUACACUCUAUUUGACUUCUUGAAUCGCUGGCUCCUUGAAUGGACUAAUGUUAAACAGAAACCGUUAGAAAACGAAAACUACAAGGCAAUAAAGAAAUUUAUGGAUUCGUUUGACAAAUUGGCCAUAGCAAGAGGGAAUUACGCAUGUGGAGAAUUGGAACGUGCCUUGCAAUAUCUAGAAAUGUAUAUGGACGAAGAUAAGGACAGAAUACAGGAACAGUUACCUUUUCUGGCUGAAAUAUACGCGCUGUUGGAUGAACCGGAUUCCGUGUCUGGAAUCCUCUCUAUCCAGCGCGCUGAGCCGUCGUUGCAGGAGUUGAUCCUCGUGCAGGUAGUGACCGGCCGCUUGCAAGACGCCGCUCUGUGUUACGAACGUCUGGCUCAUAGACACCUCGACGAACACAGUCUGCAGGGCAUGACUGAUUGCUACCUCGCCCUGGACCAGCCCUUCACAGCUCUCCGUCUGCUGAGCGAGCGUCAGCACGAGCCGCCCGUCGAGCUGUGCGCCGAGCCGCUCUGGAGGCUGGGGCGGUUUGAACAGCUGGAACAACUCACUGAUACACCUGUACCUCCAUCCCGUGAAAACUGGGGUCUGCUUAUGGGUAGAAUUCUUCUGGCGUACCGAAAACAAGAUGAAGAUUUAUUCAAAGUGACGUGUGAUAACGCAAUAAAUAGAUUGCUCCUACAGAUGGAUGGAGAGAGUCAGGGUGAAAACGCUCUUAGAAGUGGAUAUCAAAGCGUUCUUGGUUUGCAUAUCGUGAAAGAAGUGCAACAUGCGCAGGAGCUAUUACGGAGUUUAAAGAACUUACAAGAUGGAAACGAACAGAGCACUGAAAUGAUAAACACACUUCUUAGUGAAUGGCGUCUGAGGCUAGCCGUAGUACAGUCCGACGUGAGAACUAUUGAACCGUUGUUACGACUUAGAAGGAUAUUGCUGCAGCAAACACAGGAGCUCUUAGAACAAACACACGCCGCAACGGCUAACAAGUUGAAGGCGUGCAUCGGAAAUUUGUGGCUGCAAAGUGCGAAACAUGCAAGAAAAGCCGGUAUUUUUCAACAGUCCUACAUGUACAUCCUCAACGCUGAAGAGUAUAAACCGCCGGAGUUGUUCAUAGAAAAGGCCAAGAUGUACUGGUCACGUGGACAACACGAGUCAGCCUUCACUACACUGAAGAGAGGACUCGAGGAGGCGUUCCCCUCCACUGACACGCUCACACCGGAACAGAGGAAAACAUGCGCCAAAGCAAAACUGUUGAUAGCCAAGUACAACGAUGAAACAAGCAGCGUAGACGUUAACGUUAACAUAAAUUACUACAAGGAAUCUGUUGACGCCUUUAAACAUUGGGAGAAGAGUCUGGUGUGUUUGGGCGCGUAUUACGAGAAAGUGAGCUCUAUCGACACUAACACUAAUAUGAUGUGGUCCCGCCGGCUAUACGCUCUCAAUAGUUACGGGAAGUCGCUACAGUAUGGACAUAAGUACUUGUACCAGAGUAUGCCGAGGAUGUUGUCAAUAUGGUUGGAUGUGGAAGUUUCGUCGGCAGAUCCCAAUUCUCACGCGAUCGUGACCGAGAUGACGGAAGUUAUAAAGACUUAUUCUGAAAAGUUGCCUAUUUAUUUGUAUUUCACUGCCUUCUCACAAAUAAUAUCAAGGAUUUGUCAUCCAAAAAUAGAGGUGUAUAAUCAGCUAAAGGCGAUUAUAGUGAAACUGUUAGCGGCUUACCCACAACAGUCUCUAUGGAUGAUGCUGUGUGUGCUCAAAUCCAGUUACCCUGCGCGCGUGGCUCGAUGUGAACAGGUUUUAGCUGAUGCACAACUCAAGCCAUUGGGCAAGCUGGUGCGUGACUUCAAACAGCUUGCUGAAAAGCUGAUCGAGCUGUGCAACAAGCCGAUAGCCGGGAAAGUUAUGACAGCAACAGUGUCAAGUCUAGUUCCAACUUUGCCUCGUCUUCUCGAGUCAGAAGGCUUCAGUCACAUAAUGAUGCCGUUCCAAGAGUUCUGCAAGAUAGUACUACCGUCUAAAGCAGCGAGCGACAUGCCCUUCACUAUACCGACCCAGCCGAAGGUUUAUAUAGCGGGGAUACAAGAACAACUAACCAGAUUGCCAUCUUUGCAGCAACCAAGAAAGGUUACCUUGAUAGGUUCAGACGGAAAGAAGUAUAUUAUCAUGUUAAAACCUAAAGACGACCUGCGUAAAGAUUUCCGUUUGAUGGAAUUCAAUGGCGUCGUUAAUAAAUUCCUUCAAGACGCACCUGAAACUAGGAAGAGGCGGCUUUAUAUAAGAACAUACAGCGUGCUGCCUCUCAACGAGGAAUGUGGCUUGAUAGAAUGGGUUCCCAACCUCGUUGGAUUACGACCGAUUCUCAUACAUAUAUAUAAACAGAAAGGCAUACAAACAAGCAAGAGUGAGCUCCAUAAAAUGAUGUGUUCAAGUCACGACCCGGUGGAGAAGAAGCGUGAUAUAUACGAGAGGAUGUUACUGCCGCGACAUCCGCCGGUCUUCCAGGAGUGGUUCAGGAAGACCUUCUCGGAUCCGUACGGAUGGUCAGCGUAUAUAAGAACCACCGCUGUAAUGUCCAUAGUGGGUUAUAUUUUAGGGCUCGGCGAUAGACACGGUGAGAACAUAUCGUUCGACUCCACUAACGGUGACACAGUACAUGUGGACUUCAGCUGCCUGUUCAAUAGAGGUGAGAGCUUGGAAUGGCCCGAGCGGGUGCCCUUCAGACUCACACACAACAUGCAGGCGGCCAUGGGGCCCCUCAAACAUGACGGCAUGUACAGAAAAUGCUGUGAGGCUGUGACCCGAGUGCUUCGCUCUCAAACAGAGGCUCUCAUGUCUGUAGUAGAACCGUUCGUGUAUGACCCUCUGGUCGCUUGGAACAAGAGACACGACACCGGAGAGAGAACAAACGACCAGGCGAAGUUACAUCUCAAACAUAUACUGCAGCGCUUGAGAGGAAUGGUAAAAACUAAAAAUACGGAGUUUUCAUUGUCGUUGUCACCGGAAGGUCUUGUGGAGCAUCUGAUAGCUGAGGCCACGAGUGUUCAUAAUCUGUGUCAGAUGUAUAUCGGCUGGGGAUCGUUUUUAUGA